CGGUUUCAUUGAUUCACAGACUUUAAACUCCCAACAAGCAAAAAACAGGAAUCAUUGUAGAUUAGAUUAAUAACAAUUGCCUGUGACAAUUCAGUUCGACUGUAUCUCAACGGAGAGAUAUCAACGCUGUCUCUGAAGGGAACUUGGAUAGCCUACAACAUCUAGGAUUUUUUUCCCCUCCACUCUCUAACCCUUAUAGAUCAUCAUCUACUGUGUUUUCGAUUUGAAAACACUGUUCGUGAUCUAUUCGGACACCUGCACGUUGCCAUUUAUGUCAGACUAAAUAACUGCUAUGACAGGGAAACUAGCGGACAAGCUCCCUCUUACCAUGAGCAGUUUAAUUAACACGAUUCCUGACAGUCUUUACCCAGAAGAGGACAUUCCGACGUCUAUGAACAUUUUCACCAAUACGGAUUCUAUAAACCACUACUCGCAAAUGAAUACAGAUAAUAUCAUGGAUCUGGGGAUGGGAAGUGAUAAGGGAACCGCAGAGAUCCAGUACGGCUCCAGCUUCCAGUCAAACCGCAGUGGGCAGACCGUCACCUAUCUGGGGAAGUUUGCCUUUGACACUCCUCCGUCGGGUGGAAUCGGGGGCUCCGGCUGGUGUUCAGACAACAAUAUCAUUAGUUUAGUAAGUGCUGGCAUCCUGGGUGUUUCCCCGUCGCCUGGCAAUAUCACCACACAGACGUCGUCCUCUGGGGCCAGCAUGGGCGGCCAGUCCUCAGACAUGGAGCAAGUGUACGGUCCACCACUGCCCGCCUAUUCCACCUGCAGCGAGCUGUACCAGGACCAGGUCUCCUUCCACCACAGCCCUGCCACCAGCACUGCCCUCGGCUACCCCGGCAAUGACUAUCACACCACCUCCAAGCCCUCCAUGGACGGGAGCCUUUUCUCCAUGAUCCCAGAUUACAACCUCUUCCAUCAUCAGGGUGAAGUUGGCGUGAUGGAGCACAAGCCCUUCCAGUCCAUGGACCCAAUUAGAGUCAACCCCCCACCUAUCACACCACUUGAGACCAUUCGAGCAUUCAAAGACAAGCAGCAGAUUCAUCCAGGUUUCAUUGGCGGGCAGCAGCUUGCUCCUCAACACCACCAGCCACCUCAGACGCUAACACUCAAACCCAUCCGACCACGGAAGUACCCAAACCGACCCAGCAAAACCCCUGUGCAUGAGCGGCCUCAUGCCUGCCCAGCAGAAAACUGUGACAGACGCUUCUCCCGUUCAGAUGAACUGACACGCCACCUCCGCAUCCACACGGGUCACAAACCCUUCCAGUGCCGCAUAUGCAUGCGCUCCUUCAGCCGAAGUGACCACCUGACCACCCACAUCCGCACGCACACGGGCGAGAAGCCCUUCUCCUGUGAGUUCUGUGGACGCAAGUUUGCCCGGAGUGACGAGCGCAAGAGACAUGCCAAAGUUCACCUCAAGCAGAAGGACAAGAAGCCGGCUGACAAGGGGAGUGGGGCAGCUGGCAGCCACAGCUCACCCCCCAGUUCCUGUGGUGGCAGUGGAGGGCCCAGCGGUGGCAACAUCAUGACUGUCACUACCUGUGCUUAGGAUGGAUCAUCACCAUGCUCUAACAUAAGACUGAGGAAAGGUCCUAUCCACAAUGAGACAAAUAGAUGACUUUUUCUCUCACUUUUUCUCUUACAUUCUCCUCAUUUUUAAUUCCAGGUAAUAUUUCCCUCCUCUAUUUGGAGAUGGGCUUGUUUUGUUGUAAGAGUAGGGUAAGGAGAGGACAUAGAUGGGAGGGCCAACAACUGUGUGAAUGCCAGCAAGCAGAUGGGCAUCAUGGCACCGGCUGUCCAAGAGGACAUGGCAUAUCAUUGAGAAUUCAAUUCAAGUUUCUGAAGUCAUAUCAUGUCUUGUGUUUUCUGAGAAAUUCACCAAGAAUCUUGACUGAGGAGGGAUUCAAACAUUUUUGUACAAUUGGGUUGAGACUGAAUUACAACUAGGCGUAGAAUAAGGUGAGCUAUGUUUGGGAUGUAUGCAUUUAUUUCAUCUGGUUGUUAAAAGUGCAAUUGGUUGUAUUUGUGUACUGUUGUUGAUACCUUAUUUACUGCACUUUCGAUUGCCUGUCUUUUGUUGAAAAAGUAUUUAAUUAUAUUGUUUUUUUAUUGUUUCUCAACAUAAUGUGCCAAACAUAUGGGGAUAAUAAUGACUAUGUUUGUUUUUUUAAUUGUGCCUGUGAUUAACCAAACAUUACAAAGACAUAAACUAUGUUUCCGACAUUAAUUUUAGGCAGAUUGGUAGCCGCAAAAUACUCGAAAAUAGUUUUGAUUUUAGUAGCAUUUUUGCAAUUAUUUGCAUCACAGUUACAGUUCAAUGGUUCAAAAGUAUUUUGCUAUAAGCUCAAAACAUGAGCAUUAAAAAGCCCAGGGAUCAUUGGCUUUGUCCAUCCAAACAUGAUCCUGUGGUCAAUGGACCAGUAUUUGGUGGUAAACUAUUGUGGUCUGAUGCACACUCAGUGAAAUGGAUUGCAACAUUAAUGGUAAAUAAUCAUGAACCAAUGACACAUUUUCAACAUGUUCACUACAAAUUACACACAUCCAUGAAAGAUAGCCUACUAAGAUGUCCAAGAUAAAUAAAUAUAUAUAUAUAUUAGUUUUUUUUAAGUUAAUAUAUAUAUUUUAAGUAAGAGUGUUUUAUGUAGCUUUCAUCUAUCUUCCGAAGACUCCUCUUGGUCAUAUUUAUAAGUGCAUUUAAGACACAUUUGACCAAUCUUGAAAUGAAAUGUUGAGAGCGUAGAGAAAAAGACUGAAACAUUGAAAUGCCUGCCUCUGUAAGCUAUUGCAAGCCGACAACAAAUCUGGAUAAAAGCAGAGAUGAAUUAGAGGGCCUUUUAUCUGCGCUUUCACUGACAGAGACCUGCCAGCUACAUGCAUGUAAUUAGAGAUAUUGUCAAAUGAAAGGGACGCAAAUAUUUUGCAUAUUGUUAUGAUGAGCAACACCUGUAAGAACUACCAUAGAAUCUACAUGAUAUUUCCAUUUUUACACCUCCUACUGUUUUGAGAGAUUCUGAAUUUAGAAAUUAGGGAUUAUUAUUUUUUCUACAGUGAGAGAUGUAUACAGGUAUAUUACUUAAACUUGUGUACUCAGAUUGUGGAAACUUCAGUAUUAAAUUGUGCAUUUGUGUGCAAGUGUAUUUAGAUGUACACUAUAUAAAAAUGCACACAUUUCUAACUGACUGAAUGCUUGUGCAGAAGGUGUCUUAAAAUGCUUACUCUAAAGUAAUGAUACUGCAGGAUGUUCUGUGAAAACAAGUCAUUGCAAAAGACUUUGGAGCAUUGAGACAGUGCCAAAUUGGGUGCCUUAUCUUCCAUUUCAAAAUGAUCUAAUAUUAUUUGUACCUACUGUAGGGUUGUAAGUGGGAAGUGGUUUGAGGAAACACUAAUGUGUUCUUAAUAAGAAAAAUAAACAAAAAACAUUUUUGAACAAAAAUCGUGUGUAUUUCAAUUGCAAACAAACCUGUAAUGUAUUGGAUUCCAAAG